AGAGUUCCUGACCUGCUCACUUCUCACACAUUUAUUGUUUGUUAUCUUCUCUCACACACUGAUCUCCUGCAGUUCGCACCAGCAACAAAGACACUUCACUGACCAUCAUGGACUUCAGAAAGACACUGAUAAACAAGAAAAAAUACAUUAUUAUUGGCACUUUAUCUGUAUCUGUUGUGACCAUCAUAUUAGGACUGGGUCUAGGGCUCGGACUUCAGCUGCAACAGUGCAAGAACAAGUUGCCGGAAUCAUGUCGGAAACGCUGUUACGAGCCGUACGAUCAUGAGUCGUCAGCCUGUCGAUGUGAUGCACAGUGUGUGAGCAGUAACAGCUGCUGUUAUGAUUUUAUGGACAUCUGCCUCCAGCCGAUUGAGAGCUGGGAGUGUACGCCAUUGCGUUGUGGUGAAAAGCGUAUUUCUGAUAGUAAGUGCCACUGCUCUUCUGACUGUCUGGGUGCUGGGGACUGCUGUACAAACUAUGGUAUUGUUUGCAAUGGAAUGACGCCAUGGGUUCAGGAUCAGUGUGUGAAAAUGAGCAGCCCUAAAUGUCCUUCUAAUUUUAAGAGGCAGCCUCUGCUACUCAUCUCUCUUGAUGGAUUAAGAGCAGAGUAUCAGCACACAUGGCACUCCCUAAUUCCAGUCUUGGACAAGCUACGAGAAUGUGGAACAUCUUCUGCCUUUAUGCAGCCUGUAUUUCCAAGUAAAACCUUCCCUAACCACUACUCCAUUGUUACGGGUCUGUACUCUGAGUCUCACGGUUUAGUGGAUAACAACAUGUAUGACCCUGUAUUUAAUGCCUCAUUCAGUCUGUCGAAUGCAGAGAAGGACAAAGCCAGGUGGUACCUAGGACAACCGAUCUGGCUCACGGUGAUGGAUCAGGGUCUGCGAGCAGGAACUUUCUUCUGGCCAGGAUCAGAUGUUCAAAUAAAUGGAACUUUCCCAAAUAUAUAUGAGAAAUAUAAUGGAUCAAUUCCCUUUGAGCGGAGAGUUUUCACCGUACUGCAGUGGUUACAGUUGCCUGAUGAUCAGCGUCCUGAUUUCUACACUCUGUAUCUGGAGGAGCCGGAUAAAUCAGGACACAACUUUGGACCUGUCAGUGGAGGGCUGAUCAGUGCAAUCCAAGGAGUGGACAAUGUGAUUGGACAGCUGAUGAACGGACUCAAACAGCUCGACCUCCACGAGUGCAUCAACAUCAUCGUUGUAGCUGAUCACGGAAUGGCAGAAACAAGUUGCAACCGAAUGGAGGUUCUUCAGAAUUUCACCGGUGAUGUCACACAGUUCUAUGUGAAUGAGGGACCUUUCGGUCGAAUCAGAGCAAUAAAUGAAAACGUAGCCUUUGAUGCUGAAGGAUUAGUUGCCAAACUGACGUGUAAGAAGCCUGAUCAGAAGAUAAAGCCCUACCUCAAACCUCACCUGCCCAAACGUUUCCACUACGCACACAGCAGACGCAUCGAGGACGUCAACGUGCUCGUCGAAUCACUGUGGCUGUUCGAGAGAUACCCAGGUUCUCUCCGUUUUUGCUCUGGUGGAAAUCAUGGAUAUGACAACGAUGACCCUAACAUGCAGGCAAUGUUUCUUAGUUACGGCCCCAAGUUUAACUUUAGAACUGAGGUGGAGCCGUUCUCCAACGUCGAGCUUUAUAAUCUUAUGUGUGAUGUUUUAGAAAUCACUCCAGCACCUAACAAUGGGACUCAUGGAAGUUUGAACCAUCUGUUGCACUCUCCACCCUACACACCUCAACCUCCAGUGGAGCAGAGUGCACCAGGCCAGUGUCCCCUAACCAUCCUGGAGCCCACUGACCCCCUUGGCUGCUCCUGCCAGGCAAUGGGUGACAUCAAUCUAAACUCUCGCCUCAACAUGUCUGACACAGAAGUUUCAAUGAGCGAGAGCAAACACCUGUUGUUCGGCCGGCCCCUGGUGCUGCAGUCUAACUCAGAUUACUGUAUCCUUCAUCAGCAUGGAUUCAUCAGUGCAUACAGCAAACAGCAGCUCAUGCCUCUCUGGAGCUCUUUUACUGUGGAGAAACAGGCUGGAGGUGAUUCUGGCUCUUUGCCCGCAGUGAUACCAGACUGUCUGAGAGCUGAUGUGAGGAUCCAAGCUGAUCAGAGUCCUACGUGUAACCAAUACAACAGCAGCACUAACAUUACAUACUUCUUCCUUUAUCCACCCAAUCUUAACAGCACAGCAGAAGAACAGUAUGAUGGUCUGAUGUUGAGUAAUGUGGUUCCCAUGUACCCAGCGUUUAAGCGACUGUGGCAGUAUUUCCACAAUGUUUUGCUUCCGAAGUAUACCUCACAGUAUAACGGCAUAAAUGUGGUUACAGGGCCUGCGUUUGAUUAUAACUUUGACGGCCUCUAUGAUACUGCAGACCAGAUCAAUCAGUUUGUUACAGGCACUCGUAUCCCGAUCCCCACUCAUUAUUUUGCCAUCUUAACGAGCUGCUUGAACUCAGAUCAGUCAGUGAGGGAGUGUAAGGGAGAAUUAAACACUGUGUCGUUUCUAAUGCCACACCGACCUGACAACACUGAGAGCUGCACGAGCAACCAGGUUGAGUCAAAGUGGGUGGAGGACUUGCUGUGGUUCCACCAAUCACGUGUCAGAGACAUCGAAUUGAUCACGGGAUUGGAUUUUUUUGAGAAAAGCGGCCGACUGGUUCCUGAGAUUCUACGGAUAAAGACUCGGCCCACAGCUGCCAUUAAAAGGAAGCAGUGAUUUCUAUCCAUUAUUUAUACAAUAAUGAAAUGAAUGUUAGUGUUUAAAUGAACCAGAAUAUUCACUGACCAGUGUACUGAACUCAUUUGUCCUCAUGUUUAUUCUAGGCUACAGAACGGUGUGUUCUAUUCCACAGAGCUGUUUUGUAUUUUGAUAGAUUUUGUAUUUUGAUAGAAGAUUCUUAAUAGGAAACGUAUUUAGACUUCAUUUAAGUAGAGUUAGAAAUUGCCUAUAGGUCUGCUAUCGUAUUUUUUUCCAUCCCUUUAUCUGUCCUGAACAAUGUGUUUAGCUUAGGGCCAGUUUUAGGAUGCAUAUGGUAUCAAUCUGUUUCAUCAACAACAUCUUAUCCUACUAAACAACUGCACAUUGUGUUUGAGGAAAGCUUUCAUGAGUGAUUCAUGAGGUAACAUUUUAUAAGAAUUUACAAAAAUUUGAAUUUGAGAAAUAAAAAUUUAGCACUAGGAUGAAUCAGACAGGCCGUGUGGGUGAAAGGAGACACAGCAGUACACAUACAACUGAAUAAUAAUAAUAAUAAUAAUAAUAAUAAUAAUAAUAAUAAUAAUAAUAAUAAUAACUAGAACGUACAUUUCCUGAAGAAAAUGUGAAUGGUGCUUGCACGUGGCAUAACGUGACGUCAUCAAAAUACACGUGAGGAAGUUCCCCUCAUUGUUGUGAGUGUUUUGAUAUGUCGCAUGUCCAUGUUGUAAAAAGUUUUUUGAUUUUGCAUAAUUUGGGGCAGGGCUAUGGGACAACCGGAAGGCCAGUCGGUACACCAAUUUAAACCUUUGUUCAGAGUAUCACCCUAAAGGAGCUGCGCGAGUUUGGUGUAGAUAGUUCGAAAGCUUGCCGAGUUAUAAACCUCCAAAGUUUAUAAUGGGAGUCUAUGGGAAAAAAGGCCACUUUGAGACCCGGUACCGGAAGUACCGGUACUCGGAUCGCUUAUAAAAGUCAUAGCACACCUCUCCUCAAUGAGCCGGUCGAUUUGACACGUCAUUCAUGGAUCUAGGACAAAAGCUGCGGGACAAGUUACGCGAAAGCUAUUCCUUAAGCUAUGUGACUUUAUUCCUUUAAUAAAUAACUGUAACUAACAAGUUUGACAUUUUUAAGCUUUCAUUUUGUUCAUACUCUAACUGGAAGACGCAGUUUAAGACCAAGUUUAACCUUUCUGGCUGAUAUCUUGAGGAUUUACUUCAUCUUUGAUGGGAUUCAUGUCAAAGCAUUGUGAUGGCCAGUCACAUAUUUUCAGAUUGUACUUUGGAGAUUUGAUUAGGUCCAUUGCCCUGAAAGACCUGAGAUAUUGUUCCAGUAUUUCUAGGUAAUACUUUUUUCUUGUGAUGUUUUUAUUAUUAUUUUCCAGCAAAACACCAUUACAACACGAUGCUGCCACCCCCAUGCUUCAUAGGUAGCAGGAUUCUUCAUCGGUCUUCAGAGUCUGGUUUUAUUUAUACUGGUCUUGGUGUAUGGGCUUUUUCCUUGUGUGACACCCUUUCAGAUCAUGUCCAUUUUGAACUCUCAUAACAGUAGAUGUAUGUACUUUGGUGCCUCAUGCCUCCACCUCCUUCACCAGUUUCUUUGUUGUUGUCUUAGCGGUUUAGUUAAACCUUUCUGGAAAAAAGGUUUAAAGAUGUACAGUUGCUUAUGGUUUGUUCAGUUGUUGGAGCUCCAUAUUUCGUUUCUGCGGUUUGGGUUGUGAUGCUUGGAAUUACCCAUGGUAUUAAAGAGAAAAGGGUAGUUACUCUAAACAUAGGUGUUAAAAUCCAGCCACAGUCAAUGUUCCAAUCAAGUUCCAGUGAAUUCCUGAUUGUUAGAUUGGACAUGCUUUUAAAAAUCAUUCUAUCAAUUUCUGCAAGCAUCCAGACAAAACAAUAAACUUGCUGUAUAGAAACAUUCAGUAAUUUUGAUCUAAAAGUUGAUAUAUUGAUUUUUAUAAAAGUUGUUAAUAAAAGUGCUUAUUUCAGUAAAAGCUAAAAUAAGUCUGUUUUAUAUUUGUUUUAUUUUUAUUUCAAUUGUGAUUGUUAUAACAUUACCUCAGAUGUGAACAAAAUAAAAAAAUAAAUAUGUUCCACUAAACCUA